CUCAGAGAGAGAGAGAGAGAGAGAGAGAGAGAGAAUUGCACAUGUAGCCUACAACUUAACGUUGCUCUGAACACACACACACACACACACACACACACACACACACAGAGAGAGAGAGAGAGAGAGAGAGAGACGCGCAGGCUACACAUGCAGCGUCCUUGAAACGUUUCCUUGUGAUGGCUAACACAAUGAUCAUAAUUAUCAUUAUAAACAUUAUCAUUGACAUUAUUGAUAUCACAAUUUUACAGAGACAGCUGCAGGUGGAUGAUGUGCACGUGAGUGAUGAGCCAUACGGCCAGACAGGUGUUCAUCCACAAGCAGAGUCAGCCAUGCCACUGACCACUGCAGAGGUUGAGGCCCCACACCACUCACAGACAGUGCAGCACACACCUGAUACAACAUUCCAAGCAGCGCCGCCAGGCAGACCCAAGCAGAUUAUGACUGCACAGACUUUCUUUUGUAAUUUUAAUAUCAAGAAAGCAGUGGACUUAAUGGUAGAAUGCUGGCACUUUGUCAAUAUUGCAACGGUGAAGCAUGGAUGGAGGAAGGUUCUCCCGUGGGUGAAGACAGAAAUGAGCGGCGGUGACAGGCAGCGCGUAGCGGCCGCUAUGGACACGUUGCUUCAGGUGGCUAAAACGUUACCCAUCACGGGGUAUGAGAAUGUCAGUGUUGCUGAUAUGGAAGUUCUCAUUGAUGGAGGAGUCGCUGAACGUAGUGCAGAAGACAUGAUUGAUGAUGAGGAGGCUGAUGAUGAGGAGGAGGAAGAAAAAGAGAAGAAAGAUGAGCCAACAGUUCAGCAGUUAACAGAAAUAUUUGCAAUAACAGAAAAAUUGAAGGAGGCCAUUUACAAAUUUGAUUCAAAUUCGGACCGACGUGAGACAUGCAUCCACACAAUUCAAAAGGGAUUAAAUGAAUACAAACUGAUGUACGAAACCCGAGUCAACAACCUUCAACAAGCCUUGAUCACACGCUACUUACGUAACCGUGACAAGCGAGAAGAUAUGCCACCUGCUGUUGUUGCUGAACAUGAUGAUGGAGAGGAUAAUGAUCUGCUUGUGGACAAUGAAGUAGCCCCAGAGAAUUUGGGUGACGACUUUGAAGGCUUCGUACUAGCCGACCAGGAGUGAUCGAGUGACUGGCGACAAGAGGGCAGGGAAUGUUUAUUGUCAUUUCUUUUCUCGUUUUCAUUUUUUCAAUAAAGUGUAUCUCUCCC